CGCGUAUCCUACCAGCCAAGCGUGCGGGCAGGGCCUCAGCCGCGUUGGCAAGGAGCACACAAGGACGGCCUAUAGACGCGCGGGAGCCGGGAGGGGCAGCCCCGCCGACGCGGGACCACCGCCCGCGCCACCGCCCGCGACGCCGUCGACGCGGACGCGCCAUCGCGCCCCAAGAGCAGCAUGAGACGAUAGCAUACCAAAAUGGCCCACUUAGUGAAAAAGAAGCGCUACCUCGGGUGUCUCUGGGAGCUCGAGACGGUGACCCUACCGGGCGGCGCCCCGACCACCGACUUCCAGCACUGGCGCAUCAGUUUUGGCAUGCAAAAGCCGCGAAGCAGCAAGACGAAGGUCCUGCGGGGCGUCACCAAAGAAGCGAUCGAAGCGGACCGGUCCGGGGGUUAUCUCCACAAGCGCUUGUUGCAGGCGUGUGCUCCUCAAAAUUUGUACGGCCAGGACUACUACUUCCUCGAGUAUCGGAUGCCCGAGGCGCCGUUCACGGUCCGAGUCAAGAUAGAUAGAGUAGAUCAAGUCAGUCGAGCGUACGACGAGUUCAAGACGAUCCCCGCGAAGAUCCAGCGGCGACUCAUGUGAAAUCUCGGCGUCCCGCGGUGCUGCGGUGCCUUCACUUCAUUGUCAUGAGUCGUCUCGAUCAGAGAAGGCGCUGGGUGGUCUCUUUGUCGAGUUUGGGGCCGUUCGGACCGUUUCCAGUGAAUACGAUGCUCCGCGCAGGCUGAAAUUGAUCCCUCGCUCGUUGAACCCAGAAGAUCCCAUAUAUGAUAGUCGGCCGGCGAAGACGAUAAAAACGCAAUUGAAAAAUAGGGCGGCGAUCACCCGUCAUCUCGUAGAUUUAUACUUGGACGGCAAGUACAAGCUCAAGGAUUUGGGCAAGUGCAUGGACUUGACUGGAUCUGAACUAAGGAGGGAGGCCUACCAAGUAGUACCCGUGCAUGAACGCCCUGAUCAUGAGUAUUUAGUAGCGAAACGCGAUAGAUCCAAGAAACGAACACUGGAGGAAAGAUACAUGAGGGACGAAAUAACACUAACGGAGUACAACGACCUGAAGGACCCUGAUAGAAGGGAGAGAAGAUUGGCAAGUGAGGCUACUUAUCCACUACCGGAACCGUUGUAUACGUGCGUCAUCUGCGGCGAGGACGAAUGCGCCCAGAUCCCCUGCAUGGAGUGCAACAACCGGGCCUGCAAGGCCUGCAUGCUCGACAAGUUCCACGGCGACGUCGACCGGCCGUACGCGCUCAUGCACCACAUCUACUGUUUGAAAUUGGGCGAGCCGAUCCUCCACGAGAAUAAGUUCGCUCGUAAGAGGGCCGAGGAGAAGAAGCGGGAGAAGGAAUCGAGAUUGAAAGCUUUGAAGGAGGCGGAGAGUCCUGCGCCGGCUGUUGUUGCCGCUCCUAAGCCUGCUCGACGGCGGUCCCUGAAGGCGAUUUCUGCUGCCGCUGCUUUUGGGGGUGGCGCGAAGACUUCGAGUGCGGGGAAUAAUACGUUGUUUUGAUA